AUGUUAGGCUACGUUAACAAUAUGAUACUGAAAGACUUCAUCGGCCGCGCUGCCCUAGUCGAGCAACGCGAACGCGGCGUGAACAAGCGCUUCGUGCAGCUGCUCGUCGAUCGCCAUGAUAUGGAGACGGAUCCGUGGCCGCAGGGAGGGGAAACGCUUUUCAGAGAUGGAAAGCCGGUCGGCUACACGACAAGUGCUGCGUACGGCUUCACCCUGGGCUGUCAGGUAUGUAUUGCCGUCGUCGAGAACAAGGAGUUCGGCGUCACCCCCGAAUACGUGCUGAAGGGACGCUAUGAACUCGACAUUGCCGGCAAGAAAUUCCCGGUGCGGCUGAAUCUGCACUCCCCCAACCUGCCGAUGGAGGACGAAGAGCUGAUGGCCAAUUUGCCUGCAUGGCAGCUGCGGUUGCGGAUAUUUGUUGGAGGCAGAAGACUGAGCAGAGUCGCGGCCUGGUCAGCGGUUUUCACCGGUUGCCUCUUCAUUUUCUCCGCCCUGACCGCACUUUCCGUUUUUGACCGUCAGCACAAUCAUAUCGUCUAUCACUACGUCCAGCGACAAGACGACGUUGCGCUACUAUCAACGACCAUGUAUAACAGAUCAAAAAGUUUUGCAAAUAACACGAUCGUGAUGCUUUUUGUUGCGCAUCAAGUCUUCCACUACAAACAUUCUGCCUUCCGGGCCAUAUCCACAAAUUCGUCGGGCAGUACGCAGACGACGCUCAGAGUGAUGCCAGUCAUCGGGCAAAUGCCCUUCUACUGUAAAUGGGUCCCAUUUAUCGCAAUUGGCCAGGUGGCCGAGUCAGCGACGAGCGUCCGAUUGUUAUGGGGUGGAACGGAGGUCGAGCUACCAACUCGCCUCCCAUACGCAGAAAAGCAUCCGGUUGUCAGCUGCUUCUCGCCACUUUUUCUCAACGAGCGCUGGCAGCUUUUGCUUCUUACCGCGCAGGUA